CCAGGGUGGCGCUGAUGCUGCGGGAGGCAGCGGCGGAGACAUAGGAGGGAGCGACAAAAGCAGAGCCAGUCCUGAGGAGACGCAGGAGAGGCCGCGGGCGCCUCGGUCUCUUUGUCCGCAGUGCGCGCAGCUGCGGCCCCGCCUGCCUCCUCCAGUCGCCCGCCGGGGCUGCAGUCACCUCCAGCAAAUAUGCUCACCUUCUUCCUUCUGUCCGGCGGCUCCCUCUGGCUGCUUGUGGAGUUUGCCCUUUCAAUCCUGGAGAAGAUGCAAGCUCAGGAGAUCCUGAGGAGCCUGCGUCUGCCAGAGUUGGAUGAUUUCAGCCAGUUUUUGCGUAACUUGCCAGCCACUACAUUAGUGGGUAUUGGGGCCUUUGCUGCUCUGCUGGCCUAUUGGUUUGCAAACCGGCCAAAAGCUGUUAAGCCACCAUGUGACCUUCUGAUGCAGUCUGAAGAAGCAGAGGGCUUUGAUGGAGCUCGGCGGUCCGUGAUUGGAGGCAGCCCAAAGUUACUGAACCAUUACUAUGAUGAUGCUCGGACCAUGUAUGAAGUCUUCAGGAGGGGGCUGAGCAUCUCUGGAGAUGGUCCCUGCCUUGGAUCCAGGAAGCCCAAGCAGCCAUAUCAGUGGUUGUCCUACAGAGAGGUAGCAGACAGGGCAGAGUUUCUGGGAUCAGGGCUCCUCCAACAUGAAUGUAAACCAUCAACAGAGCAGUUUAUUGGUGUCUUUGCUCAGAAUCGGCCAGAGUGGAUCAUCUCAGAGCUGGCCUGCUACACUUAUUCCAUGGUGGUGGUUCCACUAUAUGACACAUUAGGCCCAGGGGCCAUUCGCUACAUUAUUAACACAGCUGAUAUUGCCACAGUGAUUUGUGAUAGACCUGAGAAAGCUAUCCUUCUUCUGGAACAUGUGGAGAGAAAGGAAAUUCCUGGUCUGAAAUUCAUUAUUCUCAUUGAACCAUUCGAAAAGGACUUGAAAGAACGAGCGAAGAAAAGUGGUGUGGAGAUUCAGUCCAUGAAGGAAGUCGAGGAUUGUGGACGAGACAAUCAUCACCCUCCUGUGCCUCCUCGGCCAGAAGACCUUUCAAUCGUGUGUUUCACUAGUGGUACUACAGGAAACCCAAAAGGUGCAAUGCUUACCCAUGGGAAUGUGGUUGCUGAUUUUUCAGGCUUUCUCAAAGUCACAGAGAAAGUGAUCUUUCCGAGACAGGACGAUGUGCUCAUCUCCUUCCUGCCUCUGGCUCACAUGUUUGAAAGAGUUAUACAGAGUCAGUGGUCACCCACUUGUGAGGAUGUACACAUUUCCUAUUUGCCUUUAGCACACAUGUUUGAGAGAAUGGUACAGUCUGUAGUAUACUGCCAUGGGGGGAGAGUUGGAUUUUUCCAAGGAGACAUCCGCCUUCUGUCAGAUGACAUGAAAGCUCUACGUCCCACCAUCUUCCCAGUGGUGCCCAGACUGCUAAACAGAAUGUAUGACAAGAUCUUCAGCCAAGCAAAUACUCCAUUGAAACGAUGGCUCCUGGAAUUUGCUGCAAAGAGGAAGAAGGCUGAAGUCCGAAGUGGAAUCAUUAGAAAUAAUAGCAUAUGGGAUGAACUUUUUUUUAAUAAGAUUCAGGCUAGUCUCGGUGGGUGUGUUAGAAUGAUUGUCACUGGGGCAGCUCCUGCAUCUCCCACAGUCCUGGGUUUUCUUCGUGCAGCCUUGGGGUGUCAGGUAUAUGAAGGUUAUGGCCAAACUGAGUGUACAGCUGGGUGUACCUUCACAACUCCAGGGGACUGGACCUCAGGUCACGUGGGUGCACCAUUACCCUGCAAUUACAUCAAACUGAUAGAUGUGGAAGAACUGAACUAUUUCGCCUCCAAAGGAGAGGGAGAGAUCUGCGUGAAAGGACCAAAUGUUUUCAAGGGUUAUCUCAAAGACAAGGAGAAGACCGAUGAGGCAUUAGACAAGGAUGGCUGGCUGCACACUGGAGAUAUUGGGAAGUGGUUACCUACAGGUACUCUCAAAAUUAUUGAUCGGAAAAAGCACAUAUUUAAACUUGCCCAAGGAGAAUACAUUGCUCCAGAAAAGAUUGAAAACAUCUACAUUCGAAGUGAACCCGUAGCUCAGACCUAUGUGCAUGGAGACAGCUUACAGGCCUUCCUGGUGGGUAUUGUUGUGCCUGAUCCUGAAGUCAUGCCCAGUUGGGCAAAGAAGAGAGGAUUUGAUGGGACGUAUGCAGAGCUCUGUCAAGAUAAGGAGUUGAAACAAGCUAUAAUGGAUGAUAUGGUCAGACUAGGAAAAGAAAGUGGACUACAUUCCUUUGAACAGGUUAAAGCCAUUUACAUACACUCUGACAUGUUCUCAGUACAAAAUGGCUUGCUGACACCAACACUAAAGGCUAAGAGACGAGAAUUAAGAGAUUACUUCAAAAAACAAAUAGAAGAGCUUUAUUCAACCCCUAUGUGAAGUUCAAGGGCAGUUCUUAACAUACUGGACGGUGUAGCAAUAUCCUAGUGAUGCUUGAAAGUGUGUGGUCAAAAUGAUGCAGUUGAACGUGACUAAGCACCUGACCUUAUGACUGAGCCUUUUCUUGUUCCAAGAAAUCUUUAACAAUAUUUUCUCUAUCAUCACUGAGCACCAUAUAUUUUUAUUGAACUGACAUUGUAACAAGCUGCUACAAAUAUGGCAUAUGGCAAUGUAAAGACAUCAAGACAUCAUCUCCAGUAUGGCAUACCACUAAAAUUAAUACAUAUGUAUAUAUAAUCUAAAUGUUCAGAAAAAUCCUAUUAAAUACAGAGGGAAAAUAUAAUUGAAAUAUUCUAUGUAAUUAUUUGCCACCUAGUCAGAAGAUGAAGUACGUUCCUAGACAAUGUUGGUCUACCUCAUUUAAUAACUGAUACUCAAAAAUCAUAGUUAACUCUGGCCUAAAAAAUUAGAUUAGCUAUUAUAAUAAAUCUUGUUCAAGGAAGAGAGCAUCUUCCAUAUUUGGCAGAACUUCAGUGUCUCUCAACAUUAUCUAAUCCUUACUGAUAUGACCAUCAACACACAUUUCAGGCCAAGGAGCAAGUCAUCAUUGUUUUCAUGCUUAGUCAUAGUCAUGAGAAAAAUACAGAACCAGCCAAGGUAAAUGAUACAGGGAUUGCUCAAAAAGACAGAUAUUACAAACAUAUUUCCAGGAUGAUAUCUGUAUAUUCAUGGACUUUCAAGUGGCACAAACUCUACAAGGUUACAUUUUUCUGACUCUCCAAAAGGCUCUGUGGGGAAGACUUGAACAAAACAAAAAACAACAAAACAACCUACUUCUCAGGAUAGAACACUGUUAAUGUAAAUAAGCUAGCUCCCUGCUAGAAUAUUUCAGUCAUCCAUUCUGAAACUGUGAAUGCUAACACAUAGCAAGCAAAUGCAAUUAGAUGAACAUUUCUGUAUAGCCAUAGAUACAACAGGAUCGAACCUGGAUCUGGCCCAUCACAGAGAAAUUUGCAAAAUACAAACUUGUUUGAGAUAAAGAGAUCUGUGGUUCCUUGUUCCUCAAAUACUGUACAGGGUGGGAUACCAUUACCCAAAGGUAAUAGGGUUCCAUAAUCCAGGUAGUUCUGCAUGUAGAGUUCAACAACCUCCUGCAAAUUGCUACUGAAAAAACACCAUGAUACAGCUUGGAGUAUGGAAAUGUGUUCUUAAGACCACCCAUCUCUUAACAUCCCUGAAUGGCUUUAAAAAUUAAAGAAGACUUUUUCUCAUAUUGUGGCUAUUACAUAUAUCUUUCCUUGCUGCAAUGGGAAAGAAAAUGCCCUCUAAAUGGAUAUCAUCAGCUUCGUAUGACAGAAACCCAGUUAUCAUGGAAAGCAAUUAAAUUAGACACCUACCAUUCUGCUUCUGGGAAGGUUAGAACUCCAAGAAAGAGAGGACAUUAUUUCCUUAUUAGAGAUUCUGUAACUGGAAGCCAAAGGUGCUGAGUGAACAAACAAACAACCAGAGAUGCUCCUUUUGGCCAGCGAGGAUCCUAACAUUUUGUAAAUAAAUAAAUGCUGUCACUUAGAAACUACAUACAUAUGUGGGCCUGCUUGACAAAUGCCUUCUGAAGCAACAAUCAUUAUUUGUUUUUCAGUCUCAGACUGGAAUGGGCUAAAGCUUCAAUCUAAAAAACUAAUGUAUUUAUCUUACCUGUCACAUACUUUAACAUGUCUCUCAAAUUCCAUUGCAUGCUUUUGCAAGUUUAAUAAACUGAAUGAAUGAACUAACUACAUGCAGACUAGCAAAUUACAGUUCUGGAUAAGAAAUACUCAAAAUGUAAAAAAAAAGAUUGCAUCUAUAUUGCAUUGAUUUUUCUUUAUACAGAAGUUGACUAACCAAAUGCGGACUUCUUUGACUGACACUGAUGCAAUUUUAUAGGCAAGUGACUUGUUUCUUAAUUAAACAGAAAUGAAAAAGAAGCUACUUUCCAUUGUUCUUCCACUGUGGUAUGAACUUCAUUAUUUAUCUUUAUUUCCAAAAGAAUCUUAAAUGAGCAAAGAGUGCAAAAGUAUUUUUGUACAAACAAGAGAACCCCUAUUUUUAUCUGACUCCUGCCCUGUACCUGCUAAUUUCAGUUAUAUAUCAGUAAAAAUGUAACCAGUUUUCUCUCACUUAAAAUAUCUAAUGUUUCUUGUCUUUACUGAAUCAUAGAAAUGAUCACAUACAUCCACAGGGUGAGAAUAGUUAGCAAGUCCAAGAUGAACUGAAAUGAAUGGAAGGGGUCCUAAAUAUGUUGCAUGCUAUAUUGAUAGGUACUUAUCCAUUAAUGCUACCUAAUUUCCUAAUGAAAGACAAUCAAGGCAACAUUUUCUUAGUGCAAAUCCUAAAUCCACAAAUCAGCAUUCUUUAUUUAGACAGACAAAGGUGAACUGUUUGGGUAGUCAAGACAGGAAAAAGCCAUACUGGAAACAUUAAAUCAUCCCUAAACAGAUUCACAUUAAUUUACUUAGUCUCUUAGACCUCCCCAACUGUGAUGGUGAAAUACCAGUGUUUCUGUUCAACUAGCAGGGAUUUACCUGGUCUUAAAGAAAAGCAUGUUCAGUUUUUUAGCUUGCUUUUCCUUAAAAAUGUGCUUAUUAUUCUGUCAUCUGCUGAUGUUGUGAAUUUCUAACAUUCUUUUAAAGUACCAUGGAUAUUAUCAAAUACAACUUGCACCAUUUCUAUUCACUUUGGCCACAAAGGGUGUCUUGUUGGUCCAUAUUCAGACAUUCAGGAUGAUUCCAACAAACUAAGAAUAUGCACAUAGCAUCCCAUGUCAGUAAUAUGCAAGCUGUCCUGCAAUCUGCCAUAUGCUAAAAACCAGGAAAUAAACAGCCAAUUCCCACAACUCAAAUAAAUCACUUUAGGGCCCUAAACUUACAGAACUGCAAAAAACAAACAAAAAAAACUUUUUUCAUAAUAAAUGUGAAUUUUUUUACAUAUAAAAUUCUUACUGGAUAAUAAUAGUUUUAGCAGCUCAAUGUCAACACCUUGGAUUUGAUUUUACUAUAUAUGUAUAUAUAUAGAAAAUAAAUGACAUUUUUUCAGCUCUGAAGAAAAAUUAACUUAUUAACCUUUAUUUUCCAUGUGUAAAGCAUACAUUUUUGAUCUAUUUGUAUCGAAUAUAAAACCCUAUAAGAGAUGAAUGUAAAGAAAGGAGAAAAGUACUAUUUUUGAAUGAAACAGGACCACUUAAGAACCUAUUUAUUCCUCAGGAAAAAGAACUGAUGAAGACCCUCCCAUACAAUUGAUAUCUGUUCAUAUAUCUAAGUUGGCUAUAUUUCUUUUACUUAUUUUUAUUGUAAAGUAACAUUUCUAUGGAAAUAAAAGAGGAUACUGGUUGUCCAAAGAGUUCAUCCAUUUAUAUUGCAUAGUCUUUACUAUGACAUUUCAAUUUAUUGCAACCAGCAUGGGAUUUAAGUUUAAGAAUGAAAUGAACCAGAAAUGAGAUUCUUCUGUUAUGACGCCUUAGUGAAAAUAAGGAAAAGCCAUGUAAGCACUUUGAAUAAGAAUCUCUGUAAUAUAGUGGUCCUAGUAAAAAAAAAAAAGUUUCCAUGAUGGUAAUGGUGGCUUUUAAACCCUUCACUUGACUGAUUAUUUUGACUUUUCUUAUUUGGUAAUCAGAACAAAUGUUUUUUAAAGGCAUUUUCUGAAGUGUUGCUUAUUCUAAUUUUACACUUUUUUUAAAGUGAGGGGAUUAAAAUAUUACAGAUAUAAGUGUCUUAAUUGUAAUGACCUUUUCAGUUUUGUUAUAAUAGCAUGUAUAUUUAGAAUAUAAAAUGCAUUUAUGAACACUUUUGUAAAGAAAUAAAGAAAUUUCAAUUUUCAAA